AGACCUCAGAGAGAGGGAGAGAGAGAGGCAGAGCAGCACGGACCAGGCACCACACAUCUGCACCAUCAGGCAGAGACACCUCAAGUCCCUGAUCGUUACAACAAAGAUCCCCUCGCUGUAAAGGAUUAUUUCACCGUUUUAACAGAAGAGAGAUUCAACUUCUCUGACUCCUCGGCUUUUUAUUGGUUUCAGGGUCUCACAGAGGGUCGUGAUCCUAAGAGGAAAUGAUGAACAACAGAGACCGUUGGAGGGUGUACAAGAGGGUGAGCGUCAUGUUCCUGCUGGCUGUGGUGGCUCUGACUGUCGUCCAGAGAGGAAGCAUCAACAUGGGGGCUCCCUUCGAGCUGGAGAGGCAGGCUCGAAUGGACGCGUCUGAGGGAGUGGAGCCCGAUGCCGCCUCUCACGAGAAGACCGGCUCGUAUCUGGGGAUUAAAAGCUUCUGGAAGGCCGGCAAACGCACGUCAAUGAGCAUGUCUGGAGCCACCACUCAGAAGCCCAGAAUCACUGAGGACGUCAGUCUGAGAACAUGGGAUGUAACCAGCACCAACUGCAGCGCCAACCUCAACAUGUCAAGUCAGGACUGGUUCAAGAGCCUGGAGCCAAACUUCAAACAGUUCCUGCUGUAUCGACACUGCCGGUCCUUUCCCAUGCUCCUCAACCACCCGGAGAAGUGCAAAGGGGACGUGCAUCUGCUCAUGGUGAUAAAGUCUGUGGCGACCCAGCAUGACCGCAGGGAGGUGAUCCGAAAAACCUGGGGGAAAGAGCAGGUGGUCGACGGCAAGAGGAUAAAGACUCUCUUCCUCAUUGGACAACCAUCCAACGAGGCGGAGAGAGCAAACCAUCAGAAGUUAGUGGAGUUUGAGGACUACAUCUACGGGGACAUCCUCCAGUGGGACUUCCUGGAUACCUUCUUCAACCUCACGCUCAAGGAGACUCACUUCCUCAAGUGGUUUGACAUCUACUGCCCCAAUGUACGCUACAUUUUCAAGGGUGACGACGACGUCUUUGUCAGCAUAGAAAACAUCAUUGAGUUUCUAGAGAGCAGCAGCAAUAAGAAGGACCUGUUUGUCGGGGAUGUAAUUUUCAGGGCCGUGCCGAUCCGUAGAAAAGAGAACAAAUACUACAUCCCUCAGGCUCUGUACAGUAAGACUCACUACCCUCCGUAUGCAGGGGGCGGGGGGUUUCUGAUGGAUGGGAACCUGGCGAAGAGACUUUACCGGGUGGCUGAAACCAUGGAGCUGUACCCGAUCGAUGAUGUCUUCCUGGGCAUGUGUUUAGAGGCGCUGGAAGUCACGCCCAUAAAACACAACGCCUUUAAGACGUUCGGUUUGGUAAAAAAUAAACAAAGCAAGUUGAACCGAGAACCUUGUUUCUUUAAAAGCAUGAUCGUUGUGCACAAGCUGCUACCAUUGGACCUCAUGCACAUGUGGAAUCUGCUCAACAGCGACCUGGUGUGCUCGCGGAAAGUGGAGAUCCUAUAGCUCGAUGGGAACACCAGGUAAGGACAGCAGGGAGAUGAGCUGCACCUUGAUGCAGUGCGGUGUGAAGAGUCGAAGGCAGAUAAACUCUUCUUUCUGUGGAGAGCGAAUAUGGACUUUAUGUAUUUGCUGUUUCUCCUCGAUGCAGUAAUGACGAACUUUAGAGCUUUUCAAAGGCUGUUAGAAACGGGUAUUCAUGUUGGCGUUUGAAGGACUCACUUUUUAAAUAUGCAGAUUGAGAGCCAACAACCAAAGUUGAGCCGCUGCAUCAGAAGUCGUACACUAUUCCAUUUAGGGCCAUGAUGCAAAGCAGCAUCAGCCCUCCCAACCUUACCCCUACACCUUUAUUCGGGCUAACAUGAUGGAAGUCUCCUUUGGCCAAGAACCUGCUUUUAAAUCAUUGAUAAGGAACCCAUUAAUGUGAAUCAGUUCAAAACUUUGAGGUAAAACUGAUUUGGAGGAUAAGUGGCAAAAACCAGGACUAUGUUUAACUCUGUGUAGCUUGUUGUGCUCACUUGGGAAUAGUGUUAGCUUAGUUUGGUCUAGAUAAUAGAAGGGCAGGUGGGGUGGACCCCCUUUUUAUAAAAGCCAUUGCACAUACUGAGCAGCCUGUAGCUGGUCUAGCAUUCUUGGUUUGUACUUAGCGUUACGUGUUGCCUUCACUUAGACCGGCACGUCCCGCUGUGGUGGUUACAAACGGCUUCGAGUAAGACUACCUCACUGAUUGGGUCUAAAUUGUUUUAAUACUUUUCUACGUGUACGUUUAACCACAUUGUUCAUUUCACAUGCAGUACGUGUUCCCAAAGUGAUCCCUUUUCUACCGUAGAGGUCCUUGCACUCACUGACUUGACCUGGAUGUCUACUCCUCCUGUACUACUAAAACCUGUUAACUGUCUGCUGUUUGUGGAUCUGAAUGUGCUGAUAUACUUGACAUGAAUAGGUAAAGGGUUGACAAUGACACUGUGAACUAAAACUAUUGCUGGUACGAGUAUCUGACAUUUAAUUUAAGGGGCCAAAUGUGGGGUCUUUCUAUUUAAGUUAAAACAUAAGAGGAUAUUGAUGAUUAUUAUAACAGGGAAUGUUUGUGGGUGAUGGUUCUGUCAAUAUGAUGUAUAUAUCUGUAAAAAUCACAUGUACAUAGGUUUGUAAAUAAACGUGUUGACGAUA